AUGUUUUAUGUGCCUAAAGAAGAUCGCGACUUUAUGCGAUUCUUUUGGUUCCAAGGGAACAAGCCAAAUGAAGAUCUAGUGGAGUAUCGGGCUCUAGUGCACAUAUUCGCCAACAGACCUAGUCCCGCGGUUGCAACCUUUGCCCUGAGAGUGGCCUGUCGUGGUCAGAAGGCAUCCUGCCUUGCCCGGACCUUUGUCAAAGAUCAUUUCUAUGUGGAUGACGGGCUUGGCACAGCUCAUAGCGAGGGAGAAGCUAUCAACAAAUUGAGAGAAGCGCGCAGGAUCCUGGCCAAAUUCAACCUACGCCUGCACAAGAUUGCCUCCAACAAAACCAAUGUAAUGGCGGCCUUCCCAGACUCUGAAGUGGCGGAGGAGAUCAAGGAUUUGUGGCCCCAAGACCAUCACGGCCAGGGCACCUUAGGGAUGACGUGGAACCUCAGAGAGGACCGACUUUCAGUGACCACCAGCAUCCCAGAUUGGCCUUUCACUAGGAGGAGGGUGGUAGGAACUGUCAAUGCCCCAUACGACAAUAUAUGA